AAAUUCAUUAAAAUCUAGUACUUUCUUUCAAAGUCGGGCCUUUAAAAUGUGAAAACUGCUUCAAGAAUUUUGCUGCUUAAGACUGAUGACCGAGCACUUAAGUUAACCUAGUCACCUGAAUUCGAACCAAAUUUGUUAAAAGUCCCAAGAAGCACACAAACCAACUACGUCUGUGUAUCUCAGGUCCCACAGCCUCAGAUAUACAUGCGUUGAAUUAAAAUCACACAAACAAACUGACGCGUUAUCCACGAAAUUUAAAGAAUACUGCCCGCCAGCGAUUAUAAUACGAGCGAGCGCAUUUCGGCGAUUCUCGGCCAGAGAAAAAUAUGUGCAAUGUCAAAAUUUGUUUUCGAUAGUAUGCUGCCAAAGUACCCACAGUUCCAACCAUUUAUAAGUUCGCACUUAACCACAACCCCAACAAAUUCGUCAUCAGCAGCAGUUGCCGCCGCACUCGCCGCCGCCGCCUCCGCAGCUUCCACGACGAACUCCGCGGCCAACCAGAGCAGUGCCAACACUAGCAGCAGUACCGCCAAUCACCUACAGUCCGCUUCACUCUCGCCGAGCUCCAGUGCGACAAACAAUCAGCAUCAUCAUCUAAGCCUCAACCAGUCGUCGAACUCGCCGGUCUCCUCCUCCUCACCCGCGUCCUCCGCGCUCUUUCAGCAGCAGGCGCAGCAGUCGCAGCAGCAUCAGCAGCAGUCUCAGUACUCCUCGCUCUCCGCCGCCCUUCAACUGCGCCACGCCCACGCGCACUUGCAGCAGCAACAGCUUCUACUCACGCCUCCCUCCGCCGGCAACUCGCAGACCGGCGACAGCAGCUGCUCGCCCUCGCCCUCGGCCACCGCCUCGUUUGCCAUACCGACAAGCAAGAUGUAUCCGUACGUGUCAAAUCAUCCCACCAGCCAUGGCGGCCUCUCCGGCAUGCCCGGAUUUUCGGGCCUCGAAGACAAAUCCUGCAGCAGGUACACAGAUAGCGUGAUGAACAGCUACCAGUCGAUGAGUGUACCUGCCUCCGCGUCAGCUCAGUUCGCACAGUUCUAUCAGCACGCAGCAGCAGCAUCCGCUGUUUCGGCGGCCAGCGCCGGGGCCAUUGGUGUCGACUCUCUGGGCAAUGCCUGCACGCAGCCGUCGUCUGGCGUUGUCCCGGGCGCUGGAGGAGCUGGCCAGAGCAUUGCGGAUCUGCCACGAUAUCCCUGGAUGACGCUUACAGAUUGGAUGGGAAGUCCGUUUGAGCGCGUCGUUUGUGGCGAUUUCAAUGGUCCUAACGGUUGCCCACGUCGUCGCGGUAGGCAGACCUACACACGCUUCCAGACAUUGGAGCUAGAAAAGGAGUUCCACUUCAACCACUACCUAACGCGGAGGCGACGCAUUGAGAUUGCGCAUGCGCUGUGCCUGACAGAACGCCAGAUCAAGAUUUGGUUCCAGAACCGACGCAUGAAGUUGAAGAAAGAGUUGCGUGCCGUCAAGGAGAUAAACGAACAGGCACGCCGUGAUCGUGAGGAGCAGGAAAAGAUGAAGGCUCAGGAGACGAUGAAAUCCGCCCAGCAGAACAAGCAAGUGCAGCAACAACAACAGCAGCAGCAACAACAACAGCAGCAGCAGCACCAGCAGCAGCAACAGCAACAACAGGAUCACCAUUCGAUCAUAGCACACAAUCCGGGCCACUUGCACCACUCCGUCGUCGGAGUAGGUCAGAACGAUCUCAAGCUCGGCCUGGGAAUGGGUGUGGGCGUCGGCGUCGGCGCCGGCCUUGGCGCUGGCCUCGGGGGCAAUCUGGGCAUGAUGAGUGCACUGGACAAGAGCAAUCACGAUUUGCUGAAGGCAGUUAGUAAGGUCAACUCCUAAGUGGCCUCGCCCUUCUUCCAUCACUGGGCGUCUUAGUCACUCGAAAAAUUGAUAACUUAAACCACAAGUUGAUAAUUUAAAUACGUAAAAUUUUACAUAGUAAAUAGUUGGCCUAAGUUUAAAUAUUUUUAAUGCGCGUGUACAAUGGACAAGAGUACAUAAAAAACACACAUACAAUACAUGCAAGGAAACUGACUACGAACCGGGGGGCUAGUGCUUGAAUUAGGCUACGGCUGAAAAUUAUCCCCAAUCUGUAGAAAAUAGCAGCUGCCCAGUUCUACCAUAGGCAGGCAACGAAUUAUUUGAACUAUAUAUGGUAGUUCAUAUUUAUACAUAGAAUAGAAAUAAAUGCCUAAGUAAUUCUACGUCUAUGUAAAUUAUAAAUCUAAAAGAGAAGAGAAUGCGAAAUAUAGAAAGCUUCUUAGCCGACUCGUCAGCAAAUGCUGCCGCAGAGAUUUCCAAGAUCUUAUGG